CGAGAUUUAAGUGAAGUCACACGAGAUAUUAAAUGACAGAGUGACAAUAUGGCAGAUACAACAUCUGAAACAGCGUCAGUCCUUAAUGCAACAAGUGCGGACAAUGCAGCCACAUCUGGUGCUACUAAUGCCACCAUGCGUGUACCUGCAACACCUGAGGGAAUGGUGGUGGCUUACAGUAGUCUAGUUAUCAUGGCAUUACUACCAAUCUUUAUCGGUUCCUUUCGCUCUGUGAAGCACCAUAAGGAACAGAAGAUUUCAUUUCAGAAAUCUGGUGAGAAACCUGAGACCAUGUCGUCUAAAGAUGCUGCCAUGUUUCCUAUUAUUGCCAGUUGUGCAUUGUUUGGUAUAUAUAUGAUUUUUAAGGUAUUUUCGAAGGAAUAUAUCAAUUUACUGCUGACAGUCUAUUUCUUUGCACUUGGUGUGUUGUCGUUAGCACACAUUAAUAGUCCUUGGAUCUCAAAGCUGAUUCCGGAUUCCUUCCCCAACAAAGAAUACCAUCUCCUUUUCACACAGGGUAAAGGAGAGAACAAGGAGGAAGUCAUAAACUAUGAAUUUGACAGAAAAGACUUAGUUUGUCUGUUUGUCAGCUGUUUAAUUGGCCUGUGGUAUGGAUUAAAAAAGCAUUGGGUAGCAAAUAAUUUAUUUGGUUUAGCCUUUGCUGUGAAUGGUGUUGAGUUGCUGUCUUUAAACAGAGUUAGCACAGGUUGUAUUUUACUGUGUGGACUCUUCCUGUAUGACAUUUUUUGGGUAUUUGGGACAAAUGUUAUGGUAACAGUUGCUAAGUCUUUUGAAGCUCCUAUAAAAUUGGUGUUCCCACAAGACUUCUUAGAAAAAGGACUGGCAGCAGACAACUUUGCCAUGCUAGGACUUGGAGACAUAGUUAUUCCAGGAAUCUUCAUUGCCUUACUGCUCAGAUUCGAUGUCAGUAUGAAGAAAGGAUCACGAACCUAUUUCUACUCAAGUUUCCUUGCUUACUUCCUUGGUUUAGUGGCAACUAUUUUUGUUAUGCACGUUUUCAAACAUGCUCAGCCUGCAUUGCUGUACCUGGUACCAGCCUGUAUAGGUGUCCCUAUAAGUGUAGCUUUACUUCGUGGAGAAAUUAAAGAAUUGUUCAGUUAUGAAGACCACAGUGACAAACCAGCAGUGGACAGCACAACAGCCAGUGGAAGUGGUGGAACUUCAACAGGAGACAAGAAGGCUCAGUAAACCGGACUACCAUGACUUUUAUCAUUAUCAUCAUCAUCAUCACCACCACCAAUGUCAUUGUAAUCACCCCCCUUAUCUCCACCCUAUUUUCCCUGAAUACAGCGGUACUCAACUUCUGUUGCCCCUCAUUUACAGUUGACGAACUGGUUCAGAUACUACUAUUGCUGCAACUACUACUACAGCUGAAUGGUUAACAUAACUGUUUAUACAACUCAGUACAUACUCUCUAUGUCUGUCUCUAGCUGUUGAACCAACCAGUAUAGACAUCUUCCAUUCCACCAGUUCCUCACUUUUUGACUGUUUGGUCACUAAACUCAUUUUCAAGUUGUCUGUUAUUAUUCUUCAGUGAUUGACCAUUCAGUAAAAAUGAUUUGCUGUCUUUCACUUCUCCUCUCUUUCUCGGCUGACUCCUCUUCCCCUCUUCUGUACAGACAUUCUCUAGCUUGUGAUUACUCAGCACAAAAUUACACUGUCUUAAUGUAGCUGCUGAGUUGUAAACCUGCUGAGUACUCAAUCCUCAUCAAUACUAACCCAUCAUGUUAGCUUGCUUCAGCCUCUCAAUUCUUCCUGUUUUGAUGUUUUUAUUUAUCCAGAAGAUUAGGUGCUUGUCUCUACUCAAUACUGCUGCAGCUGGGACUGUGAUUGGUGACAUCAGAGCAGCAGCGGGUGGUGAUUAAAAUAUCAAGCAGACUUCUGCCAAUAAAUUCUUGGGUCUAAAAUCUUAUUCUCCCAAGCUUUUCUCUGUAAAA